GGGUGAACUGUAAUAAGGCCAUGCCGUUCAUAUUGCAGCAAGCAAUCCGAAAGUUUCGCAGACAGCCGACAGAGGGCGCCCGGGCUAAUAGAAAUACGCUAUUACAGUUGCAGCGUGGAACUACAAACUUGGAGAGCAGCAGUUUCUUAAUGCAGUCUACAGCUAUUUUGCUAAGCGCGGAAACUCAGGACCGGGCUAAGUGCAGAAGAAGAAGCAGGAAGGGGGCUGUUGUCGUGUGGAAAAAUAAAAGCACAUGUCUGGUUCAGUCGGCUUGUCAUCGGAACCAAAUCAUCAUAGCAGUAAAAUUAAUUAAUUCUAAAAGGACAUUAUUGUUUUAUUGA